AUGGCUUCGGAUCCGAGCUAUAACGUCCAUCCGGACCUGCUCCCACACAUCCAUCUGAUCAGCGCGUAUCGAUACCCGCUGGUGCCACGAUUUGGCAUUCCCGAAGUGACGGAAUGGCUGCUCAAUGCGCCCCGGAUUGCCCGCGACGGGGCGCCAUUUUUUUGGACCUAUCUGGACAUACCUCAGGAUGGGACUAUCAUCCUGACGUGGCAGCCGUUGCAGCGACUAGGAAUGGAGUUUGCAUCGGACGGCUAUGUCUGGCCGCGCGGCGAGACCUACUACCAGCAUGAGAUUCGGGAUGGCCUAGUACGUGAAGAGAAAGAGAGAGACAGAGAAGACCGGGUGGACAACAAGCUAAUCGUGCAGAUUCUCGAGGUGUUUCACCAGCCGGUAGGGUAUCGUCCCGGCGAGGAAUACGCAACACACUCGCGACGACGGUUCCGCCUGAUGCCACCCAAAGUGCCGAAUCCCAACACUCCUCAAGUCGACCCAAGCUUGUGGCUGGUGCAUUACGGCCCCAUCGACGAGCGCGAGCCAAUCCCGGUCAAGAAGAUCCGGCUGGAGCCGAGGAUACGCACGGCGAUGGAGACACGCAACAACCUGCAAAGGGCGGGGCAGAUCACACGCAAGGAGUUUAUGCUCUCGGACCGGGUCAACUGGCCGCACAUUCCGCUGCCUCGCGAUGCUCGCGGACCACCGAUGUACCCCGGCGUACCUGUCAGCGGCCACCACAUUCCGCAGCAGAUGGCAUACCCCCCACACGCGCCGGGCAACAUGGCAGUGCCGCCACCGUCAAAGCGGGCGCGCCAUGUGGCUUCGGGGCCGGGACCCGGGGUUGUGCAUCCUGGGGUCGGGCUGAUGGGCGGACAACCGGGCAUGGGCGGAGCCCAUCCGAUGAUGCAGCAGAUGGAUGUGGCGAUCUAUGACGACGAGGAGGACACGUCGCGUGGCGACAUGUUUGAUAAUAUUACACCGCGCGACGUGAGCCUCGAGCGGUACAAGCAGAACCACGAGUGGAUGGAGGAGGUGAUCUCAUCGCCGUACCGCAUCAACCAGAUUGGGUAUGCUGACCUGGGUCUGGGUCUCAAGGGCGAGCUAGCCCCGGUGACGGAGGGCAUCUUUGAGGGUCAGGGCUUUGAGGCGUCCCAGCGUGUGCCCAAGAAGCCGUACGUCGGACGUCUGGACCCGGGCCUGGCAGAUGAGUUCCGCAAGCGGGUGACGGAACAAAUGGCGGCGGCGCAGGCAGAGAUCGCCGAGAUGAAGGCGCAGCACGAGAAAACCGUGGCCGACUUCCGGUUGAACUCGGUGGUCAAGGCGGCCGAGCACGAUCUGCGCUUCUCGCUGGUGGCGAAGGAUCCGAACGGACCGGAGGCCAGCUGGGGACUGGAAAGGCGGCUGGACGAGUCGGACGACGGGGACGAGGUCGGCGGCGACGGCGGCGGCGACAGCGGGCGCUGGGCACACCAGAAGCACCGCAAGACAGUGGACGAGAUCAUGGCCCAUGUGGAAACGUCUUUGGGCCAUCGGAUUGUGCGGACGGGCGCGGUGGUGCGAAUCCAGGACGGCGGCUAUCAGGAGCCGGAGCCAGAACCGGAACCGGAGCCAGAGCCGACGGCAGAGUCAGAGACGUUGCUGGAAGUGCCGGCAGCUUCGGCGAUGGUCGGUGGUGGCGCUGCAGCCGGAGCAUCGCCCGCGGGCUCGCAGAUUAGCGGCAUCAUGAUUGGCGAUGGCGACAUGGACAUGGGCGACACGGCGGCCGGGCUGCUAGACCAGAUGGAGUCAGCCUUCUCGGCGGCCUCAACACCCAGCAACAACUUCUCGACGCCGCACGGUCAGCUCCCGACGACGGGCCUGUCGAACGUGGCCACGCCAGGCAACGGGGCAGCCGGAGGGCCCUCAAGUGGAGGCGCGAUAAUGAGCGAUGUGACCAUGCAGAAUGCAAGUCAUGCAGCAGCAGUAGCAGCAGCAACAGCAGCAGCAGCGGGACCUACAACGGCGGGCAACGAAGAUUGGGUGGUUGUUCCGUCCGGAGGCGAUAUCUCACCGGCUGGCGAUGGUGCAGGCACGGCGACAGGAGCAGCCGUUGGUGCAGGGCCUGCAGCAGGAGCAGGAGCAGGAGCAGCAGCAACUAUCGUAGAAGGGAUACCAGCAGCAGCAGCAGCAGCAACGCCAGCAGGAAGCGGCAUCAGGCCCGAGUCGGAGGUAGUGACUCCAGGCGGACUGCUGGAGGGCAGCGACAACAACACGAACAACGACUUUGGGUCGCUGGAGGAUCUGGACACCGCAGGAGAGGCGCUGGCCGGACUGGAGGACGCGGCAGAUCUCGGAGAGGGCCUGGACCUGGACAUGGAGGACUCUGCGUUUGGAAAUGCCUUUGCCGGAGAGGACUAA